AUGGAGCUGUCGGACGUCGAGUACCCUCCUCUCUUGCCCGGCAGCUCCGGCGACCUCGACGAGUGGUUCGUCAUCACGCGCGAGGACCUACAGGUCACAGCGAUCAGCUACUCGGCCGAUGACGACUUUGUACUCGUCGCCUCCGAGUCUGGAGUCGUCUCCAACGUCCAGAUGGUCCGACGCACUUUUGCCACUGUGGCCAAAGAGACAUACUUGACCGCUACAGAUGUGGCCAGCCCCACACCCGUUGAGGAGACAAUGCCGUUCCCACCGGACCCAAUCAGGCCAGGCUGGGCGCCAACAUGGCCUCAACCACGCCCGGUUAUCAUCCUCAAUGACCGCGAGAUCACGGCGCCAGGCUUCAACACCAGCGCAGCUCUCGCCUUUGACGACCGAUGGAUCGGCAGCGACUUCAAGGCCCGGCGAAAUAACUUGCAGCGGUUCUCUUGCGCACGACCAAAGGCAACAGAUCUGAACAACCCUUUCGUGGAUGCCGGAAUGGUCGAUGCAGCCGAGGAGCUCGCCUACCGCCUGUGCUCGUGCAGGGCUGCUCGCCACCAAGCCAUCAAGUCCUCUUCACUUCACAACGGCCACACUCUCGCAAUGGUCUCGCCGUAUCUCUAUUGGCCCCCGUUGUCGCCGGGUAGUUCAACCGCCAGCCUCUCCUGCCUCUGCUGCCUCUCCGACAUCUCCUACCUCUCCUGCCUCUCCUGCCUCGACAGCCUCGACAGCCUCGACGACUGGUUCGUCAUCGCUCCCGCCACCACACAUGUCUCCGUGACGGAAGUAGACGCCGACUCGGACUCGGAUUCAAGCUCCGACAACGACUUUGUCCUGGUAGACUCAGGCUCCGACACCGAGUCGGAGAUUGUCUACUUCCUCCCGCCCCAGGCCGACGCUCACGGUCCCGUUCGCCCACCAACACCCGACCUGCUCCCUCCUCCACAACCAACCGUGUCUGUCAUUCUGAACGCGCGCAAAGUGCCCGCUCCAGGCUUCCACGCCGAUGCCGAACUCGCCUUUGGUGAUCAUUGGAGCGGCUACGAUUCCAGGAUCCGCCGCCAGAUGGGUGUUAUGCGGUACACCUCAUGUCGGCGCCGAGAAUGCUUCUAUCACGUAUUCUCCCCCAAUCGCCAGACCUCGCCCACGCCCACAAAGUGCCUUCGAGAGCCUCCGACGGCCCGAAUGACAAUACGAGUAGUCGACGCUGCCGAGGAGCUUGCGCGCCGUCUCGCCAGCGAGGCUGGGCAGCCUUGGCCUGCAUCGGCUGCCGAACCGCCCGAGAUCUAA